ACCAGUUAAGUCACAUCGACCAUCGCGCGGGUCGGUCUCAAGUGCGUUCACUCUAUUAUCAAAACAAUAAAAUCAAAUGCUACAACGUCUUUACCAAAUUUACGAAAAUUUAAGCAGCCAAUUAGAAAAAUACAUUCCGGACUACGUUUCGGACUAUUUCCGUCUUGCCCUUUUCGGGAUCUAUGCGUUUUCUCCUAUUAGUGUCUAUUCAGUGAAAAGUUUCAUUUUCAAGUAAAAUUAAGAAACUUCUUGUUUUGUAUAUUCAAUUUAUCGCGUUAACGCUCGUUUUAAGUUUGGUGACUUAUUUGUACAUAGUUUACGUUGCCAAAGAACUUUAUUAGUGGAGCGAAGUGAAAUAUUAUGUUCUAAAUUAAACUUUUCUCUUCUAGGAGUAAUUUCUUUUGUGAUAUCAUUAGACGCGUUUAUUGAAUAAGAAUGAAACGACCUCCCGGGCUGUGGAUCCUAUUAUCGGCAGGUGUUUUAUGGUUAUGUCUGCAAGAUGUCUAUGGAAUAAGGGCGACGGCCUUAAUCUUUGGCAAAUCUACCACAUCUACUACUACAGAAGCUGCUACAUCUCCGAUAGCAGAAGAUAGGGUAGAUUCUGAGUCUGGUAGUGAUGCAGAACCAGCCUCUAGUAGUAAUAGUACAGCAGAUUCCAACAGCACCACACCCACUUUAACAGGGAUUCCGCAAAUUGACUACGUAUGGGAUCCGAAUUUGCCCAAGGAAUUGAAUGGGUAUAACUUGUCGGAUUACCCCUUCUAUGAAAGGGUACCAGACGAGAAAUUUGAUUUUAAGUGUGAUGGACUCCACGAUGGGUUUUACGCAAGUAUACCCCAUAAAUGUCAAGUCUAUCACCAUUGUCUGUUCGGUACGAGGUAUGAUUUCUUGUGUGCCAACUACACUGCCUUCGAUCAAAAGACUUUUAUUUGCCAAUUUGUGUCAGAGGUCGAUUGUGAAAAUUCUAAGAAGUUCUGGCAUAGAAAUGAUGCCUUGUAUCAAGCUCAAAGCACUACAACUGCAGCCCCACCGAAUUUGAGGGCAGCGAUUUAUACGACUGCUCCACCGAAUGGUGCUGAUCCGGUAACGCCAAUUCCAAGCGGACCUGCAGGUGGCAGAAAACCAUUCCGAAAAAGAAGACCCCAAGUGCAAUACUACGAUGAUGAAUAUUAUGAUGAGGAGUAUUAUGAAGAAAGACCAAGAGUAAAUAGAGGGCGACCCCUACGACGGCCUAGACCACGUCCUAGGCCUGCGUACGAGGAUGACUAUGAAGAGUAUGAAGAUGAAAGAUAUGAAAGUCGUCGAAAUAAUAGAAGACGUCCCUAUAGAAAUCGUAGAAAAAACAAAGAUCGUAGAAGGCCAGCAGAAUACGAUGAAGACGAAGAAGUCGAUGAUAGAUUUGAAGAUGAAGACUUUAUAGAUGCACCCAAACGUCCCAAGGCUCAAUCAAAGCGCCCUCAAGAAGUGGAAAAACCAAAACGCAAACCACAAAGGAAACCAAAUCGUCGUCCAGUAUACGAUGACGAAUAUGAUGAAGAUGAUUUACCACAAUCCGACGAUAGUCGUAGCUAUGAAGAACGACCAAAAAAGAACAAAUUUAGAAAAGAAGAGCAAGAAGAAGAUGCGACAAGCAGUGAUGGCAGACCGAUUAUUAAAUCAUCAACGGGAACAAUUUAUGAUAGACCACGGGUGGCGCCUAGGAUCAAUUUGCCUGUACCCAAAAAUGCUGCUGAGAAGUUCUCGUAUAAAGCCCUUGGAGGAGGAAAGACUUCCACAACUACUACUACGACUGUGGCACCAAAAGCAGAAAGUGAAGAGUAUGAUGAAAUUGAAGAGCCUCCAAAACGGCCAAACAGAAGACCAGUAAAAGUAAAACCCAAAAAUGAUGAUUCGCGAAGUCAGCAAAGUGCUUCUAGGCCAAGUAGAAGAAAACCUGAAGUAGAAGAGGUUGUAGAGAAAACUACACAAAAACCAAAGUAUAGUUCGGGCAGUAAUAGGUAUCAACGCAAAAAGCCAAAACCACCCGUUCAAGAAGAAGAAUACUAUGAUGAAGAAGAAGAUGUCAUUCAAGAAGAGGUACAAGAAAGACGACCAUCACAAAAAUAUGAGAGCAAAAGAACUAGCACAACAAGUACUACUACUACCACAACUACGAGUACUACCACAGAAGCACCGAAGAAGGAGCCUAUAAUGCGGAUAAUCAAACGGCCUUUCCUACCUAGUAGGGGAGGCGAUCCUUAUAGUCCUAGAGGACUUAAACCUCUUGGAUUAAAGGCUGUUGAACCACAAGAAUCCGAAAAUGAAUCUGAAGAAUCUGUCGCUGAAAAACAACCUAUUCCCCAAGAAGAUUAUCCUGAAGAGCCACGCCCCAAUAAAGUCUUUAAACCGUCACCGGUCAUUGUCAAAGUUCCCGUACGACAAAAAUACAUCCCGCCCUCUGCCGAAGCUCAAGAACUAAUCGAGUUAGAACCAUCCAGACUGCAAAAUUAUAAAUCCGGUCCAAGGACCACCCAGAAACCGAAAGUAAUCGAAAAAAAUCCGAUAUACGAUGACGAAUACGAUGUUACACUCAAUGACGCCCUUAAUCCCACUUUACCAAAUUUACCAGUAAGGGCUUUUCCAACGGGCUUUAGUUCACCCGGUGUUGGUGACUUUUAUACCAGACAGAGAUACGUAUUGGAACCAGUUGUAAAUCAAAAUAAUUAUGCAUUGCAGAAUAAUAAAGUAGUAAGGAGCUCGCAGAACCAGCAGAGAUUUGAACCGUUACCACAAAGACAGACGCAAGCGAUUUAUUCGCGUUACUGAAUACUCAAUUUUAAAGCCAUAUUUUGAUAGUUUUUUUUUAUUAAUUUUAGGUACUUGAUGGUUGUGUAUGAUAUGUUGUAAAUUUAGAUAAGAUUAAAAAACAUAAAAAAUAA